AAGCAGCAGCAGCAGCAGCAGCCAGACAACAUGGCGGCGUCCAGGUGCUCGGGGCUGGUGGACAGGCUGCUGUUCUCCGUGAGGUAUUCAACAUGCCCGUCCAGAUGUUGUGCCGUCAACAGCAGAGCUCUGUAUUCAACAGUUCCUAACACUAGUGAAAAGACCUUCGAUAAGAUCCUCAUUGCAAACAGAGGAGAAAUCGCCUGCAGGGUGAUGAAGACAUGUAAGAAGAUGGGAAUUAAGACUGUUGCUGUUCACAGUGAGGUGGACUCUACUGCUGUGCAUGUAAAGUCAGCUGACGAGGCGGUGUGUGUCGGCCCGGCCGCCAGCAGCAAGAGCUACCUGAACAUGGAUGCCAUCAUGGAGGCCAUCAGACUCACUGGUGCACAAGCUGUUCAUCCUGGGUACGGCUUUCUGUCUGAAAAUAAAGAAUUUGCCAAACGACUGGCCGCAGAGGGCGUGACUUUCAUCGGCCCAGACAAUCAUGCCAUCCAGGCCAUGGGAGAUAAAAUUGAGAGCAAGCUGAUUGCGAAGGCUGCCCAGGUCAACACUAUCCCGGGAUUCGAUGGAGUCGUCAAGUCUGCGGAAGAAGCUGUGAAGAUUGCGAAUGAAAUUGGUUACCCAGUGAUGAUCAAAGCGUCUGCAGGAGGUGGAGGGAAGGGAAUGAGAAUAGCCUGGAACGACGAGGAGACCAGGGACGGUUUCCGUUUUUCAUCCCAGGAAGCAGCAUCCAGCUUUGGAGACGAUCGGCUCCUGAUUGAGAAGUAUAUUGAUAACCCAAGACACAUAGAGAUUCAGGUGCUGGCUGAUAAACAUGGAAAUGCUCUAUGGCUCAAUGAGAGGGAGUGCUCCAUUCAGAGGAGGAACCAGAAGGUGGUGGAGGAGGCCCCGAGUACUUUUCUGGACCCAGACACACGACGGGCCAUGGGUGAGCAGGCAGUCCAGCUUGCUCAGGCUGUGCAGUAUUCCUCUGCUGGGACUGUUGAGUUCCUGGUGGAUUCAAAGAAGAACUUCUACUUCCUGGAGAUGAACACACGACUGCAGGUGGAGCAUCCCAUCACCGAGUGCAUUACUGGCCUGGACCUGGUGGAGCAAAUGAUACGAGUUGCCAAGGGUUACCGGCUGCUGCACAAGCAGGAGGACAUCCCGAUCAACGGCUGGGCCAUUGAGAGUCGAGUGUAUGCAGAGGAUCCUUACAAGUCUUUCGGGCUUCCAUCCAUUGGACGCUUGUCUCAGUACCAGGAACCGCUGAACAUCAGUAAUGUCCGUGUGGAUAGUGGCAUUGAGGAGGGCAGUGACAUCAGUAUCUACUACGACCCCAUGAUCUCCAAGUUAGUCACCUAUGGAUCCAGUCGAGCAGAAGCCCUGGCCAAGAUGGAGGAGGCUCUGGAUAACUAUGUGGUCAGAGGUGUGACCCACAACAUUCCUCUGCUGCGGGAAAUCAUCACUCAUCCUCGAUUCAUCUCCGGGGAUAUCAGCACCAACUUCCUGCCCGAGGUUUAUCCUGAGGGGUUCAAGGGUCACCAGCUGGAGGCUGCAGCCCGCAGGGAGCUGCUGGCCUCCGCCGCAGCGCUGCACGUCUGCACGCAGCUGCGAUCGCACAGGAUCCACAGCCCACACAGGGUUUCUCCUAGUCCUGUGGACGGGAGUCGCUGGGAGCUCUGUGUGGAACUGGGAGAUGGACGCCACAAUGUUCUGGUAACCAGAACAGAGAACAUUUAUAAAGUGGAGGUGGAUGGAGAACGGGUGGAGGUCAGUGGGCAGUUUAACCUGGCCUCCCCUCUGCUGCCUCUCACCAUCAACGGCUCUGACAGAAUCAUGCAAUGUCUGUCCAGAGAAGCCUCUGGGAUGAUUGUCCUGCAGUUCAUGGGCACCGUGUUUAAGGUCCGUGUUCUGUCCAAGCUCGCCUCAAAGUUUUCCUCCUACAUGCCAGAGAAGGUUCCAGAAGAUACCAGCAGCAUUCUGCGUUCUCCCAUGCCAGGCACCGUGGUGGCCAUGUCUGUCAAACCUGGAGAUACGGUUGCAGAAGGUCAGGAGAUCUGUGUUAUUGAAGCCAUGAAGAUGCAGAACAGUCUGACUGCAGCCAAACAGGGAAAGGUGAAGACGGUCCACUGUAAACCCGGAGAGACGGUGGGGGAGGGAGACCUGCUGGUGGAACUGGAGUAAAAGUUCCUGCUCCUGAACUAACGGUACUAACAUCAGCUCCACGGAAACAUUCACAGAUGCCUCUCAGCUUACGAAUGAAGUGAGCUGUAACUUGCCUGACUAUUUUGUUAUCCUGAUCAAGUUUUUAGAUUCUGCUCUUUUCAACAAACAUGUUCUGAUUCUAGUUUUGCUGACCUCUACACCACCCCUUAUUUGAAAAAAUAAAUAAAUAAAUAAAAUAAUAAUAAUAAAAAAAUAGAUAGAUUGAUUGAUGUAGAUAGAUUUUUUAAUGUCAAUGUAUUAUAAACACUUAAAAUUGUGUAUUCAUAGGUUAGCCACUUGAGGGUUAAUUUGUUAUGUGGGAUGAUGUUUAUGGAACUACGGCUUCAACGCGUACAAUGUUUGACAAAGUUGCCUCUCUGAAUAAGCAGGUAAUGGUCAGAGGAGGUUGGUGCUGAGGUUUAAUUCACAACCGCUGGUUUAAUUCACAACUGCUGGUUUUACAGCAGAGCUCAAGAAAGCUGGGAAGAAAGUGUUCACCUUUUUUCUUGUUCUGCAUUAACACUUACUAUGCAUUUCUCUUAUACAUAUAUCUGCUGUUUUGUUUUUGAAUAUGUUACAAUCUCAUACCUACAUCUAAUAUUUGUUUCCGUUACACUGAGAACUUUACUAAUAACACCAGAGAUGGUACAUAGAUAUACUGUGUCGUCUUUUCUUCAUAAUCAGCUCAUUCAGAAUAGAGAGAAGAGAAAACAGCAGUCACCCAGAAAUCUGCAAGACAAAGGCACGGAUGGAGUUAUUUCUUUCUUCAUUUUGUGUAUGAGGAGGAAAAUUAAAUAAAAAUGAAUUUGUAUUUGGAA